AUGAGAUAUCUCGACGACGAUGUGCAAGGUUUCUUUUCGCGAGGUUGUGGACAGCAACUGACACUAGAUCCCCCAAAGCGGUUUCGUAUUAUAGGAGGGAAUUCUGCAUUGGAGGGUGCAUGGCCUUGGCAGGUUAGUAUACAGCGUACCUGGAGGCAUAUAUGUGGCGGGUCCAUCAUUAACCAUCUGUGGAUAAUGACAGCAUCCCACUGCUUCAAGAAUAGCCCCCCUCACUACAUUUUGGUUGUCUCCCUUAUCCAACACAUGAUGAUUACACAAAAGAUGACCCUUGCAUUACUUUUUUCCAGCAACAAUUACAAACUGCAUGUAAUGGCUGGACUUCGUUCUCGACACAAAAAAGGAAAGCAUGUUCAGUAUCGCUCAGUUAAGCGAGUGAUCUUGCACGAGAAGUUCAACGAAUCAACCUAUGACAACGACGUGGCACUUUUGCACUUGCAUCAUCCGUUGCAUUUCACAAAGCACGUUCAGCCUGUGUGCAUCAUUGAAAAUGAAAUGCAAGAGAAUCAACUCAACUUCAGCUCAUGUUACAUUACUGGCUGGGGCAGCUCAAUAGCCAAAGGUUUGUGUUUGAGUGACCAAAACAACAAAACAAAAAAGUAUUUCGAACAAUUUGCAAACAGGAGUUAUGAUGAUCUAACACAUUUAAUGGACAAAUGCAAUAACCUUUUUUUGCUCUUUAGGAACCUUUGUUAACAUUCUUCAGGAAGCUGAAGUUCAGCUCAUCGAUACUAGGACCUGCAACCAGAGAGACUGGUAUAAUGGCCAUGUUAAUGAUAAUAUGGUUUGUGCAGGAUUUGACAAAGGAGGAGUUGACACAUGUCAGGUAAUGUUUUCUGUCACAUAUUAAAUUAACUGUAAUAAAGUCAGCUAUUAACUGUAUCUGUUGGACUACUCAGGGUGACAGUGGUGGCCCUCUACAGUGCUACAGUAGAGACCGGGAAAGAUUUUACCUUUAUGGUGUGACAAGUCAUGGACACGGAUGUGCAUUUCCAAAGAAACCUGGCAUAUAUACUCGUGCUAGCCGCUACACAGUCUGGCUAAGAGAAGCUCGUACAAGAUCUGUUUCAGGAGCCUCAGUCACAGACCUGUCACUUAUAAAAUUAAUCUUAGCCCUGUUUUUCUCUUUCUGUAUGAACCUCUUAGUUUAAGUAAUAGCCCAUUUGACAAAACAUUUAUUCGGACUGUGCUGUUUACCGGUAAUUGCAAUAAAACGUUUAAAACACUUAUAGUACCAUGCAAAUGUUUCACUUUAAUUAACGUAUUACUAAGAAGAAUGCAAACAUUUUUUAAGACCAUUUUACAAUUCCGAGCAUCUAAAAUCCAGAUAUCUUAUUUUUACCCAGAUAUACUAUCUAUAACCUGCUGCAUUAUACAAUUAUAUUUGUUGUUAUAUAACAAAUCCUCAAGAAAUUACCGUUAAUUUAAAAUACGACUGGAUACACAUCAAGUAUCGCGAGGGCAGAAAUCUCUCCGUAUGCUGUCGAAUCGCUCAGGCAGUACUUUGAUGUCAUACGGAGAAUAGUCUGCGCAACACCACACACCCAACGGCUUUCUCACAAGAUCCGUCGAUCAACUAACUAACAUUUACACGCGGCGCUAUGGACCCUGAACUAAUUUGUACUUGUGUUCGUUCUUGUGAUAUGUGUAAAUCUAAUUUAUUUUUCUAUACUGGAAGACAGAAAAAUAUCCCAUGAAUGUGAGUUAUCAUUUAACGUUAACGUCUUAUCCGCUUUGCAGUUCGUGUGUAACUUCCGAUAAUCAUUUUCAGUGGCAUCAAUGUAAGUUAAAAUUUAAAUUAAAAAAUGUUGAUGAAGACUCCACACAGCAAUCUGAAGUCGCUGGAAUGAACAGACAUAGAAAAUUCAACCCUGUUACGUUGCUUACAACAUUGUUCUUUUAAAACUAAAGACCCUUUUGUGUUAAAUGAGUGUCCCAUCUGUGUACCUAAUAAAGCUGCUACCGAACAUAAACAUGGGUCGGGUCAUAUCACAUCACAGGUUACAACGUUCAACCUGGUGGUAAGUGUGCAUGUUUACAGAGUAAAACAGGGUUUCGAAAAAUGUACUGGAAUGUUGCUAACAAAUGCUUUUUGUGUGUUUGUCGUGAAUUUGCUCUCUUUAAUGGCUUAUAAUGGUCUCAUAAUCAUUGUUUGAAACAUUUAUAUUUAUUAGAUUUUGGUGUGCUACAAGAGUUAAGGGUGUUUGGAUUGGCACGGUCACUCAGUAUGUAGAAAGCCAGAGAUGUGGGACUUUACCGUACCAGCGGAUAUGGUUUGUGCUGGCAGUUUCGCAAAAGGUGGCAAAUGAGGUGUGAGGUAUAUACUUUAGCGCUCUUUAACCAUUUGUUGCCUUUAUUGAACUACAGUAGAGGCCAAAAGAGAUCUCCGGAGGACGUAUUUGCUU